GCUGCUGUUGACAGUAUUUGAUGUGUAUAAAUUACACAUAAAUUUCUAUUUGUACAUUUAGUUACAUAUUGUGUGUGAAAGUACUCACAAAGUCAAGAUUCUUCGCAGUCAUUUGCACACACGAUUCAAACAGUCGUCGUCACAUUAUACACAGAGAUCUGGGGCGGCUGUUGUAAAAGAGAAAAAUACACGAAUAAAAACAUAAAACAACAACACAAAACAUAUUUUAUUGUGAUUCAGUUAAAUGAAUAAUUGUCAGUAAUUUGUCCAAUAAAAAUGUGAAUGAACAUUGAAUGUUUGGUUUGUUGUGAUGUGAAUGACACGAGAAAAUAAAUAAAAACUCACAAAUCGCAUCACAUAUUUUGCCGACGUCAACGACGAGGAAGGAAAGUCCACUACUUAGCGCCAAAACGCAGAAACAGCAACAAUUAAAUCACCAAAAGGAUCACAGAAAACGACAAGUCGGCUGAGCAAAUGUGUGUGCAACAGUCAGAUUCGGGCAUUUUCAGUCACAACCAACUAUCCCAAAAAUAAAUCACACUGCAUUUUUGGCCUGACCAAAUUGAAAGAGCCAAAAGUUGUGACUAUACCAAGAUUGGGGAGAUUUGCUGUCAACAAUGGCUACUCCUUUCGAAAGCAGCAUCGACGAUGUGAGCAGCAUAGCUCAACAGCGAACAGACUAUUCGUAUGAUUAUUCGGAACAGUGGCCACCGCUUUGCAGUAUACUCAAUCGAAAUGUGCGCCGAAUGUACAAUGAUCGAAAGCAAAUUUUAGUGAAUCGUCUGCCGAUAUUGAAAUGGGUGCCAACAUAUCGACUGUGCUAUUUGUUUUACGAUUUUAUCGCCGGUUUGACGGUCGGCCUAACAGCCAUACCACAAGGUAUUGCGUAUGCAAUUGUCGCUGGUCUUCCUCCACAAUAUGGCCUCUAUUCCGGUUUCAUCGGCUCAUUUGUUUAUUUAAUUUUCGGUAGCAGUAAGGAUGUAACAAUAGGACCGACUGCAAUUUUAUCGCUGUUGAUUCAACGUUAUGUUGCCGAAAACCCGGACUUCGCAACGUUUUUAACGCUCGUUAAUGGCGCACUGAUUUUC